AGGUCCAAAAUGAUGUCUCCAUCAACUUCAUGAUCUCAGGAUCUUUAUGUCCUUUUCUUCUUCCGGGUAUUAGUGCGAAUGAGGCGACCACGCAAAGACAAGGAUGAAGAAGAAAUGAUAGUUCUGAAAAUUUCUAAUGAUUCUUUGACAAUCAACGAGAAAACUUUUACAUUCGACUCGGUUGCAGAUUGAGGCAACGCACAUAUGUUCCAGCUUAUGGGAGCACCACUUGUUGAAAAUUGUAUGACAGUGUUCAACAUUUCCAUUUUUGCAUAUGGACAGACGGGAUUUGGGAAAUACUUGUAUGCCCGGCCAAAGCAUUGUUGGUUUGAAAGCAUUUCUAUCAAUCAACAAGGUUUAACUCCUCAAGUAUCAGUGUCUGUCUCACUAUUCCUUUUUUUGAGAUUUACAAUGAACAGAUUACAGAUUUAUUGGAUCCUAAUCAAAAAAAUAUUCAGAGAAGAUGCCAAAUCAGGGAUCUAUGUUGAAAAUCUCACGGAGGAGUCUUUAUGUACAAUGUCAGAGUCUUCAUACGGUUUGAGGCUUUACUACUGCUCAUUGCCCUGUUCUGGUGAUUCUCUAUUGCUCAUUGUUGUUGAGGUCCAAAAUGAUGUCUCCAUCAACUUCAUGAUCUCAGGAUCUUUAUGUCCUUUUCUUCUUCCGGGUAUUAGUGCGAAUGAGGCGACCACGCAAAGACAAGGAUGAAGAAGAAAUGAUAGUUCUGAAAAUUUCUAAUGAUUCUUUGACAAUCAACGAGAAAACUUUUACAUUCGACUCGGUUGCAGAUUGAGGCAACGCACAUAUGUUCCAGCUUAUGGGAGCACCACUUGUUGAAAAUUGUAUGACAGUGUUCAACAUUUCCAUUUUUGCAUAUGGACAGGUAUGUUGAAUUUGCCUUUGUUUUGUUGUGUGUUGUGAUAUAGAAUAUGCGUAACAUAUAUGAAGAGUGAUUGUUGUUAAGACGGGAUUUGGGAAAUACUUGUAUGCCCGGCCAAAGCAUUGUUGGUUUGAAAGCAUUUCUAUCAAUCAACAAGGUUUAACUCCUCAAGUAUCAGUGUCUGUCUCACUAUUCCUUUUUUUGAGGUAGAUUUUUGGUGUAAUUGGCCUAUUUUAACUUUAUAAUU